GCAAUUCCUAGGAAUUGUAACAUGGUGGAGUCAUGGUGUCCUGUGCUCUCCUUGUCCUGGGCCCUCUCUGGAUCCAAAGUAUGCUUCAGGUCUGCAAGACAGAAAAGCUGCCCAGAGGGGUUGUAGUGUCCUGGUUCAGGGAACGGGUUCUGGAUGGCCUGGGGCUGUUAGAGCCUCCUUUAAUUGAACAGAGACCAAAUCGGGAAAGAGCAAAACCAGAGACGAGGCACCGGCAACCGAGGGUCCCUAGGACUAGCAGAGCGGUGCGGGUCAGUCAUCAAACCAGUCCGGACCAGGAUAUAUCAGAAAUUAUUCUGUUUCCCGUUCCAGAUUCACCCUGUGCCACGGCUGACACAGAAACGAGAGAAAACUCCAGCAGCACCUUGUCAUACCACUUCCAGCCCUCCACUGUGUUCCAGAAAACCGUGGUCACCUCUGCUCACUUCUGGUUCUACGCUGGGGGACUACUGAACAACUCGUCCUCGCUUUUCAUCCUCACCUCAGCACAGCAGCAUCUUCAGGCUGCGCAGGCUCCGCCGACGUUCAGCUCAGAUGGAUGGACCACCUAUGACCUGGAUCAAAGUGUGCUGGGCCCUGUCGCCGAGGGCCCUUUUCGGCUUCAGAUCCAGGGUUCAUCUUGUCAGCACCACAUUAAGAAUCCCGAUGAGAUGCCUUUUCUUCACCUCCAUGCUCGGCCCAGAGCACCUAUUCGUUCCCGUAGAGAGGCCCCUGUCACCAUCCCUUGGUCUCCCUCUGCCAUCCCCCUCCUCCAGCGGCCGUCACACGAGAGGCCCCAGCACCACGACUGCCACAGGGAGCAGGUUGAGAUCAGCUUCGAGGAGCUGGGCUGGGACAGCUGGAUCGUCCAUCCAAAAGUUUUUUCUUUCUACUACUGCCACGGGAACUGCUCAGCCAGGGACCGGACCGCCACCCUGCUGGGGAUUGCUCAGUGCUGCGCUCCGGUCCCUGGGACCAUGAGGUCCAUGAGGAUCACCACCACAUCUGAUGGCGGGUACUCGUUCAAAUAUGAGACCCUGCCCAACCUCAUACCUGUGGAGUGCAGCUGUUUUUGAACAUGCCAGACAAGGAUGUGUUGAGAAAUGCUAAGAAGGGGGGGACUAAAAAAAAUCUAAAUAAAAUAUCUAUUAACGCUGUUGUUAUAAAAGGCUGGAAAGGUUUGACUAUGAAGUACAGUAAAUCAAUUAAAAUAAGUAGCGGUACUGCAAACUGAAAAUUCAAGGUUUUUAUACUUUGUUACUGGACAUUUUACUUAAAAUAGAAACCAAUAUGGUCCUGCCACGGUUUGGCUUCUCUCUAAGUGUGAUGCAUUUGGUCUCGCAGUAAAGAGUUAUUUCAGAACUGUUUUGAAAUCUGGAGUAUCUUGGAUUGUCUGUUUCAAAGUGUAUUAAAGUUAAACAUGUGUCAUCUGAA